CGUUCGAAACUUCCGUCCUACUCUUUGGUAGACACAACACGGAGCUCGCUUGAUCCAGGAGUAACAUAUAUUUCUUCUUUUACCUGUAAACUUGCUGUCGUGGGCCGGGCGAUCAUGUCUAGUCGUGAAGCCCUGAACAUGAAGCUGCCACCGAUCCAGUCCACGGCUGGAGCCGUUCCAGUCCGGAACGAGAAAGGUGAGCUAUCCAUGGAAAAGGUCAAGGUGAAGCGUUAUGUGUCAGGUAAACGUCCUGACUAUGCGCCGAUGGAAUCAUCUGAUGAGGAAGAGGAGGACUUUCAGUUUGUGAAGAAAGGAAAGGAGCUUGAGCCGGAGAUGGAGCUGGAGGAGGAGGAGGUGUCCGAUCCACGCCUAAAACGACUGUUGAACCGAGUGAACGAGGACGUUGAGGAGAGACUAGCAAGGCAUCGACAGAUUGCAGAGCCUGAAGUCGUUGCAGAGAGCAGUGAGGAUUCAGACGAAGGAACAUGGCAUCCAGAACGUGAGGAGAGCAGCGAAGAGGAAGAGGAGGAGGAAGAAGAGGUGGACGAUGAGGAGAUUGAGAGGCGCCGUGCAAUGAUGAGGCAGCGAGCUCUGGAGAGGAAGAAUGAGGAAAUGGAGGUGCUGGAUGUUGAGGAGGAGGGAAAGUCAGGGGAUGAGUCAGAGUCCGAGUCUGAAUAUGAAGAGUACACAGACAGUGAGGACGAAGCAGAACCACGACUCAAACCAGUCUUCAUCCGCAAGAAGGACAGAGUAACGGUGGCUGAGCGUGAGGCCGAGGAGCAAAGGCAGAGGGAGCUGGAGGCGGAGGCUAAACGUCAGGCGGAGGAGCGCCGCCGAUACACUCUGAAGAUCGUGGAGGAGGAGGCCAAGAAAGAGUUUGAGGAGAACCGGAGAACGCUGGCCGCUCUAGACGCUCUCGACACUGACGGCGAAAACGAGGAAGAGGAAUACGAAGCCUGGAAAGUCCGAGAACUCAAACGCAUCAAAAGGGACAGAGAAGCCCGUGAAGUCAUUGAGAAGGAGAAGUCUGAGAUCGAGAGAUUCCACAACCUGACAGAGGAGGAACGACGGGCAGAGCUCCGAAACAGCGGUAAACUCGUCACCAACAAGGCAACCAAAGGAAAAUACAAGUUCCUCCAGAAGUACUACCACAGAGGGGCCUUCUUCAUGGAUGAAGAGGAGGACGUGUACAAGAGGGAUUUCAGUGCUCCGACUCUGGAGGAUCACUUCAACAAAACCAUUUUACCUAAAGUCAUGCAGGUGAAAAACUUUGGCCGGUCUGGUCGCACAAAGUACACUCAUCUGGUGGACCAGGACACGACAUCCUUCGACUCGGCCUGGGCUCAGGAGAGCGCUCAGAACAGCAAGUUCUUUAAACAGAAGGCUGCUGGUGUUAGAGACGUGUUUGACCGACCCACAGUGAAGAAGAGGAAGACAUAAACAUGUGUUCAGACUGAGUGUUAAACCUGCAGGGGAGGGACAAGUUCACUCGUGGAUCCUUUUUUAUUUGUAUUUCCAGCUGCUCCAUCGCUGUACAGACAUGAAUCCACUUUGCUUCAUAAAAUUUCUGAUAUACUCCAGUGUACUAUAUCGCCAAAAGUACUGGGACAGACAUCUUGAACAUGUGGAUAAUCACUUGUCCUGAUACUUUAGUCCAUUUAGUGAAUCAGAAAUGUUUUCUUACAGAAUGAAGGGUUGAAGGACCAGGUUUAUCUGAUGCAGACACAUAUGACAUGAAUAGGCAUGUAUAAUAGA